AUGAAAGCGCCUCUUAUGAGAAUCCCGUAUACGGGUCCCCUCCCUCCUCCCAGUAUCAUUCCACGUAAUGCCAAUACAAUUACUGGGGCCAUUGCGGCUCUGUCAAGAUUCCUUACAGCCCCACCUUCGCCAACCUUACUGGCACGAGAUGGAGCUGCUGGCGAUUCGCAAUCGACGGUGAUAUUAUCCGGAGCAGGUAUAUCAGUCGCGUCAGGACUAGCCGACUACAGGGGCACAAAUGGAACAUAUCGUCAGAACAGGACAUACCGACCCAUCUACUACCAUGAAUUUUUGGCAAAUCACGAAGCACGGAAGAGAUAUUGGGCUCGAAGUUUUCUAGGAUGGACGAAUCUACACAAGGCGAAGCCAAACGCGGCACAUUAUGCUAUCAAAACUCUCGGGGAUAUGGGAAUCGUACGGACUGUUAUCACACAGAAUGUCGACUCUUUCCAUUCGGCAGCCCACCCAGACCUUCCUACCCUGGAGCUACACGGAUACCUGCGAGCUCUGACCUGUGUGACUUGCCAUAAUGAUCUGCCACGAGAGGCUUUCCAAGAGUCACUCGCAAGACUCAACCCAGCAUGGGCUUCCUUCCUGGCUGAAGCAGUUGCAUCCGGUGCAUUGGAUACAGAGAACCCAGAUGAAAGGCGUGCGAAAGGAAUGAAGACAAACCCGGAUGGAGAUGUUGAUUUGCCUGGGGCUCCAUAUUCGACGUUCAGAUAUCCAGCUUGUCCCCACUGUCUGACAAAUCCACCCAUAGCUGGGGAUGGAACGCAGACAAAGGUUGAAAUCGACCAAGACGGUGCCUGGGUACCCACCAACACAGCUGGAAUAUUGAAACCAUCUGUAGUAAUGUUUGGAGAAAGCAUAGCUAGCAAAGUAAAGGAAGCAGCAGAGCAGGCCAUCGAUGGCUCGGGCAGACUGCUAGUUUUGGGUACAUCUCUUGCUACGUAUUCUGCUUGGAGACUUGCCAGGCGAGCAAAAGAAAGCGGCAUGCCGGUUGGAAUCCUGAACCUUGGUGGAGUAAGAGGAGAAGAUGCGUUCUUUCAGAAUUUGCCCAUGAGCCAACAAGGAGAAGCCGGCGUUCGAGUGGAAUUGGGAACUGAUAAAGUCCUUCCAGGUCUUGUUGAUCAAUUGAAACGUACAAGACCUACCCAUAUGAAUAAUGAAGCCUCAGAUCCUUCAAGUGGACAGCAUAGCAACAGUAAAGUGUUCAGAGAUAUGCUAUCAUAG